AUGAGGGGAUUCAAACGCACCGCUGUUUCCGAAUCGUUUCCGGAAGCCAAUGAAUCUUCGUUUAAGAAUGCGAAAUCAGUGGAAGGGACCUUAUUUGGUAUGCACAAGAGUCCGGUAACGUCGCCGGCGGCAUCGUUGGAUAAACAGAGAGCUGAGUUAGCUAGGAAGCAUGUGAGAGCUCUUAAUAACCAAUUUGUAAGUUGGGUGCAACUACAGCUCAAGAAUCAUCCUGAUGAACUUUGGGAAGAUGGUAUGAAUGACUACAUUAGCCAUGCUUCUACCAUUAUGGAAAAGUUUAAAGAUGUGGUCAACUGGCUAAAAGAAAACAAAGGCAAAGGGGAGAAUGUUGUAUCUCCUGAGUCUCGUGUACCAGAGAAGAAACUAGUGGCCGAAGUCAAGAGUAGCGAAGUUAAAACAGUUUCGAGUAACUUCUUGUUUACUUCAAACAGUGAACAGCCUGGGCUCUUCACAAACAAUCACCCUUCCACUAUUGCCAGUAGCCAGUCUGGUUUGUUUUCAAGCCAAGCUGGAGUAUUCUCCAGCAAUCCAUUCGGUUUAACAUCCAAUAGCCAAACCGGAUCUUUCAGCACCGGCCAGUUUGGUUUGGCGAAAAGUAGCAGCCCACCUAGCUUGUUUUCCACCGGUCAAGCUGGAGGGAUCUCUAAUAGCCAACCUCUUUUAUCGUUUUCUAACAAUCCAAACCCUUUUUUAUCUGGAGUAACUCCAGUGUCCAUACCAGCAAAGCAGAACUCCGCAGAAGAUGCAGACGGUGAAGAUGAACAACCUCAACCGAGCAGUCCAUCUGUGAAAAAGACUGAAGAGAAGGGUGUUACUGUGGUUCAUGAAGUUAAAUGCAAGCUUUAUGUCAAGUCAAAUGACCCAACUGAUAAGGGUUCAUGGAAAGACAAAGGAACUGGGAACCUCUCAAUAAAAUGCAUAGAAGGAGUCGACAAGGGAACUAAAGAAUCGAAACCCACAAUUCUUGUCCGAAACGAUGUCGGAAAACUGCUUCUGAAUGCUCUACUGUACGCUGGAAUCAAGACGAGCGCACAGAAGAACGCACUUGUUGCAAUAUUCCACUCCUCGGAUGAUUCCAACGACGAGAAUGUAACAGCGAGAACCUUUCUGAUAAGGACAAAGACAGCAGAAGCUAGGGAUAAUUUAGCAGCGGCGAUCCAAGAAUACGCACCUUCUUCUUAA